AUGAAUUAGUUGUCUUAGUAAUUUAGUCUUGAUAAGACAGAAUAAAAUUUUUGUGGUCCAAAAGUAAGAUUGGAUGAAAAUAGACUAAUGAAUGAUUAGAAGCAAUCUUCGCAUGACUUAUUUAAAAGUUCAUUGUUUCAUAUAUCAAAUGAUUAUAUAGAAGUGGCUUAGACACCAAAUCCUUAAUUAUAGUCAAUUAAAAAUAGCAGAGCAGCACGUAGAAUGGUAAGAAUAUUAUGAUUAAUAAUAGCUUACUCGAAGAAACAAAUAGGAAGUAAGUUUGAAAUUAGUUGAUAAUUAAGUGUUUAAAACAUUGGCAAAAGAGAGACUAGUUAAACAGUUUAAGCGUAAUUUAUUUUUACGUUCUUAUAUAAUGUGUAAAGAAUACAAAGAUGUAAUUCAAAACCAUUUUAAAUAUGAAUAAAAUAGUUCAAAAAGAGUGGAAUGUAUUUUAAUUUGAUAAUGAAUAGUUAAUUCAUAAAACUAAGAUAAAUAAAUAUAUCUAAUACCUGGGAGUAAAAUGACUUUGAUAUUAGAUGUUUUAUCCUUAUUAAUAAAGAUAUUAUGUCUUUGGAUAUCUCCUUUGAUAGUAUCUUUUAGACCUGCAAAUAAUAUAUUUACAUGGUUCUAGUUGGGAAUAAUAUUUCAAAUAUUAGUUGAAAUAAUUAUAUAGACUAAUAGGCCAAUAAAUAUUUCUGGUGAGACUAUAACUAAUUAAAAGAAGAUAGUAACGAAUUAUUUAACUAAUUAUUUAUUUGAAGAUAUAAUAGAUAUUAGUUGUUGGAUAAUUUAAUAUUUAGAUAUUAAUAAUAUAUCUAAUAGUGUUGCUUGUGGAUUUAUAAUAUUAGUUUCAUUUAAAAAAAUGUUAAAAAACUAUUCAAAUUGUAAUGAGACAAUGUUUUUAAAAGGAAGUUUUAAUUAUGCAUUAGAGAUAUUUACAUUAAUAAUUACAAUUCUUUCAUUUGCACAUGUAAUGGCUUGUAUACUUCAUUAUGUUGGUUAAUUGACAGUGAGUACAGGUUAAUCAUGGUUAUUAAAGUAUUCUAUAGAUGAAGCUACAAUUUGGGUAUAAUAUAAUUAUUCAAUUUAUUGGGCAAUUAUGACUAUGGUUACAGUAGGUUAUGGAGACAUAACUGCAACAAACCAAUAUGAAAUGUUAUUUAUUAAUUGUAUGAUGUUAUUAAGUAGUGGAAUGUUUGCAUAUUCUAUGAAUAGUAUAGGAAUGAUUUUGAAAAAUUACUAUGACAUUUAACAGAAAUAUAAGUAUGAAAAACAUUUAUCUAUAGAAGAAGUUUAAUACAAAUUAAUAAUUACAUGAAGAAAGGAUAAUUAAAUUAGACUAUUUAAAAUAGAGUAAGAAAUUAUGUAAAACAUUAUAUACAAUCAGAAUUUAAUGAAAAUUAUAGUGAAGUUAAAGAAAUCAUUAGUCAUCUUCCUGUUAAGUUAAGAUAAGAAUUAACUAUGGGUAUUCAAAUGAACAUUAUGUAAAAUAUUUCAGUUCUUACUCAUAACUUCUCUUAACAAAUUUUAAAAUAAUUAUCAUAAAAAAUAGAAUAAGUAAAAUAUAUUCCAGAUGAAGUUAUUUAUAAUAAUGGUGAUUUAGAAGAUUAGUAUUUGUAAAUCUAUUUAUAUAAUAUUUAGAUAUUAUUUACAAGAGGGUCAGGUACUCUUAUGUGAAGAGAGGAGUAAUAAAGUUUUAUAAAUAAUUAAAUUAAAUGAGACAUUUGGAGAACAUUAGUUUUUUACUGGAUUCCCAACCAAAACCUAAGCUAUAAGUUAUGGGCACUCAACAUUAUACAGAAUUCAUAGAAAUUCUUUGAUGAAAUUAUUUAAUAGUGUAACCCACAAGGAUUUCCAAAGAUUUCAUAAUAUUAAAGAUAACAUUAUAUACCUGAAUAAUUACUAAGUCAUUUUAAAAAAAUGCAACAUCUGCAAUUUGUACAAUCAUACAAAUAUUGAAUGUCCAUUAAUUUCAUAUUAGCCAGAUCGAUUUAGAGUAGUGAUGCAACCAGAUAAAUAUAUAUAGUAAGAUAUGAAGAGAAAUAAAUUUACAAGGGCUGGUGAUAAAAUCAAUUCUUUAGCAGUGAAUAGUAAAGUGGUUGAAUCAAUUUAAGAAUUUACUUAAACUUAAUCUAUGACUAAUUUUCAUGAUAUUGAAGAUAUAAAUUAACAAUUUAAUACAAAAAUGUAUGGUGGUCAUAUUUAGUAAAAUACAUAAGGAAUUAGUAGUAAAUUAAUGAUAGAUAUUAAAUAACAAAGUAAAGAUUUUUUUAAUUUUGAAAAAUAAGGUUCUGAUUAAUUAGUUGAAAACAUUUAAAGACCCCCUAGGAUAUCUAUUUCUGGUUUACAAAGUUUAAUAAAAAAGAAUCUAGUAUAGAAUGGAAUAAAAAAAGAAUUAAAUAAAUAAUAAUCUAAAUAAUCAUUUAAUAAAUCUCAAUCCUUAAGAAAAUAAUAAUCUAAUGUAAGAUGUUCUUCAAAACAUUUAACAAAAGAUGAAUUAGAACAACAAGUAAGUGAUUUUAAUUAGCUUGAGUAUAUUUAAUCUCACCCUUAAUAGAUAAAUUUUUCAGUUGAUAAUUUUUACAAUUUUUAAGGAUAUAUGCAAAAUAAUAAUUUAUUGUAAGUUAUAAAAAAGUAUGAUAAAAAUAAAAUGAAAAGUUCUAGAUUAUGGAACCCUUAUAAAAAUUCAAAAAAUUCAUAUGGAGGCAUUUUUGGAUCAAUGGAAUAAUCGAUUGUAAUGAAUAAAUGA